GAGAUCUUCAAGAAAAACAUAAAGUAUAACUUUGAAAGAAAUAGAAAUAAAAUCAUCAAAUGUUCCAUCUUUUCGAAAAUAUAGGUUGUUUCUUCAGUUGUCUUUAAAGAAAUGGUCAAGUGGUCCAAAAUCAGGAAAAUGCCUGCAUUGGCAGAGUGAGGAUCUUGCACCAAGGAUACUGAUACUGAUAAUGAUUCUGAUAUCUGUAAUAAUAUUUACAGAGAACCCAAUAGAGUUUUAAAUAUACAAGAAAAAUGGGAGUGAAUGAAAUCAAGAGAUGGCCAAGAAGGAUCACGAAAUAUCUGUGAUCUAUUUUGAUAUAAGAGUAUAUCCCUCUAAGAAUAUGUUGUUCUUAACUAGAGGACCUAAGUGCUUAUCAUCAUCAUCAUCAUAUAUGGAUUCUGUUGGUGGGACUUGUUCAUCAAUGGAGAAGGUUUUAGGAGAUUAUGGAGACCAGCCACAUGUUUUAGCUGUUGAUGAUAAUCUAAUUGACCGAAAACUUGUCGAAAAGCUGCUCAAGAACUCUUGCUGCAAAGUGACAACAGCAGAGAAUGGGCUGAGGGCAUUGGAGUAUUUGGGGUUAGGAGAUGAUGAUAGAAACUGUUUAGAGAACAACGUCUCAAAGGUGAAUUUGAUUAUCACAGAUUAUUGUAUGCCGGGAAUGACAGGCUAUGAGCUGCUUAAAAAAAUUAAGGAAUCAUCAAUCAUGAAGGAGGUUCCAGUUGUGAUUGUGUCAUCUGAGAACAUCCCAACUCGUAUUAACAAGUGCUUAGAGGAGGGAGCUCAGAUGUUCAUGCUAAAACCCCUCAAACUAUCAGAUGUGAAGAAACUGAGGUGUGAUAUAAUGAACUGCAGCAGCUGAAAAUACACAUUCUUCACAAGAUUUUUGAAACAACACCCCCUUAUCAACACUAAAACUAGAGGAGGCUACAACAAUUUGAACUGUGUCACUCUUGACUACAUUUGUUAUGAGAUGACCUUGCUUUAGCUUAAGAAAACUGAUUCUGAUUUUUGGUUCAAAGCUUACUGACUUCUGCAUCACCUAUUUAGAUGACAACUUAUGCAAUCUUUGGAAAUUAAUUAAUUUAUUUAAUUUUUUGGCACA